AUGGGAAGCCUGAAGAAUGAGACGAAGGGUCCAAUAGAGGACCAUCAGCGUUGUGAGAUGACAGAGGAUAGGGAGUAUCCAGAGACAAGCUCUUCCCCUGAGGAAGAAGGGGACCGAGCACCCAGAGAUGCAGCUACCGCCAGUGGCGAUACCGACCAUGGAGAUGUAAGCCAUAUAAAGGACUGUAUCCAGAAUGACGUCCCUCUGAAAGAGCAACCUGAUGCUGAAAAACCCUCAACAGUACACGAGUCAAAUGUUCAGAAUGAAGACACAGUCCAGUCAAAGGCUGAUGAUCUCCUCAGUGAUCUUUCGCCAACAGACACAGGCACUGAAAUUAAGGCAAGCCAGUCAGUGGACAAAGACAUGGGGGAGAGCUUAGUGGAAGUAGGAGAGCAAGAUGAAGCACGACUGCCAGUAUCACCUGCUGAUGACACCUGUGUCCCACCUUCCCCGGCACCUCCGGGGCAGCAGCACAUCCACACCCAAGUCAGUCUGGAGGUGGUCCAGUGUCACUCGGUGGCUACCAGCCCCAUGACCCCUCCGCAGGGGGACCAGGCGUUCUCCUUCCCCUAUUUCUCUGGGAAGUUCGGAGCUGUGGCGGCAGAGACUAAAGAUGCCGAGCUGCAGGUGGGUCGGGAGGUGGAGUUUCGUUCUGUUGCUACAGCACCCAUGACCCCCAGGACGCCCACCGACACCGUGUUUCCAGAGACCAGUGGAAGAGAGAAUGUGCAGAUGGACGAGAAAAUGGGGAAUAGUGAGGAGCAGGGAACAGGAAAAGAGGCGACUGCCGGGGAUGCCUCUCCAGAGAGCCCCAUCAACCACCCCACUGUUGGGUUAGUAGAUCUGCAUCUAACACUGAGGGACAGAAAGGAAGAGUUUCAACAGCAAGCACAGAGGAUUGUGAGUAUGGACCAGGAUAUCACAAUCCUGGUGACCCACCAUGGCAGCACGGAGGCAGAAGAUGAAGAGGGAGAAGUGGAGACUGAGUCAUUCAUUUAUUCCAUUGGGCCACAUUUGGUAAAGCAGGAUGAAACUGCUGAAGUGAAUGAAAAUAAUUAUGACGCAGAAGAAAGAGCCAUUGAGGAAAAAGGGAAGGGGGGAGAUGAAUCGAACGUGGAACAGAUCUCCAAAGAAAACAGCAACGACGGGGAGAAAAUUGACUCUGGUUGUGCACAUGGUACACCAGAUUCACACCCAGCACAAAAUAAAACCAAAAUUCAAGGCCCUUCAAUAGACCAUUUGGUCCAAGAUGAAAAAUCUCAGGGGGCAGACAGUCAAGAAGACGCAUGUCGUAUUAAGGAGCUGGAAGGAAUCUCCAAAAUCUCACAACCAGAAUGCUCCACGCCAAUUCCACCCAUCCCUGUUUCCCCUGCCUCUUCUGGCUGUCACCACAUCCAAACCCAGGUUAGCCUGGAGGUGGUCCAGUGCCACUCAGUGGCUACGAGCCCCAUGACUCCUCCUGAGGGGGACCAUGUCUUCUCCUUUCCAAUCUGCUGCGGGACAUCUGGAGCCAUGGGGGCAGAAAGUAAGGAUGCUGAGCUGCAGGUGGGCUGGCAGGUGGAGGUACGCUCAGUUGCCACUGCACCCAUGACCCCAAAGACCCCCACUGGCCCUAUAGGUUUCCUAGAGAUCAAUAAGGAGGAGAGGAUGGAGAAUAAGAUCCUGGAGGAGGACGAAAACGGUGGCAAACGGGAGUCAGUGGCGACGGAGAGAGAAACUGCAAACAAGGAGAAAGAAUUAAUGGAGGACAAUAAGGUGGAGUCGACAAAGGAGAAAAAGGUGGACGGUGCAGCAAAGAAUCAGGUGGAGAACAUCAGCAGGGAGAGAGGCGAGGAGAAAUGUGAGGAGCCCGUGCAGGAUGUGAGCUGGGAUGAGACGGGGAUGACGUGGGAAGUGUACGGGGCGGUGGUGGAAGUGGCCGUGUUGGGCUCAGCCAUCCAGAAGCACCUGGAGAAACAGGUGAAGAAACACAGGAAGCAGCCCUCCAUGCACCCUCCACCUCCACUCAAUCCCUCAGCUGUCCCCCUCCCCUCCACCUGUCCUGCCACCGCAGGCUCAGCCCAGGGGGGUUCAGGUAAGGGCCGGGCAGGGAAGAGAGGAGAGCAGGGCGGCAAGGCCGGACGACGCAGACGAAACCCCUUCCGCUUACUGUUGCAGAACAUGCAGCAGCCGCACUGCUGCUCCAGAGCCCAUACCUCGGAGUAA